AGUGUAUUGUUCACGUAGCCUACGUAUCGAUCCACAAGAAUCUGUGCUGCAUUUCGUCCUAAUUUUUAAAUUCGCAAAACGUUUUACGUAAAGCAAAUGCAGUCAGUAGGCUAAAAUUAAUAGUAACAACACCGGUUGCGGAAUCGCCGAUAAUGCGUUAAGCAAAGUUUAGCAAACUGUAAAGAAGAAAUUGCAGAAUACUAGUACUGAAAACACAAGUUCAAAAGUUACAAGUUUAGCGUGAUAUGCACAAUAUGCGUACUAUUGGCCUCGUUGUACAGUAACUUCUGCUCCGUAACAAAAGGGGCAUUCUUGCCGUUUGAACGAAAUCGAAAUAAAUAAGUACAUCGCGCCAGAAGCUACUACCAUAUUAAAACACGUUGUUUUAUCCAAGACUUGACAUUCCUUUUAAGAAAUUCUUGUUCAAACCGUAGUAAUUUCCCAACAGGGUUACCGUGUUACCUAUUAUCAUUUCCGUACGAUAAAACUGUAAAACAUUAUGAAUUAAUACUUGACAUCGUUCGUUUCUUUUAAGGCGUGAUACUGAACAUUUUCUUGCAUUUUCGCCGCACGUAUGCGUACAUAAGAGAAAUAAAUACUUACAUCCUUAAUUCUGGCAUCGUUCUUAAGUUGUGGUAGGGUUUAUUUUUGGUGUUAUCGUACGUGCUCUCUAAACAAUCCUGUAAUUAGAAGGAUCGGUGCGCCAAAUCGCCCACAUUGACAUUAAUAUGUUAAUUACGGCGAUUUCCGUUACAUCAAUAUUGUUAAAUUUUGCUGGCUUAAUUUAGCAUACAAUUAAAUAUGUAUUAAGUAACUUCGGGUUUAUUCUGAUAAGUUUUUGGUUUGCUGUAAACUUCUUCCCUAAUUCUUCGUGCAUUAUAACCAUGCUUAUUCAUACGUUGCUCAUAUCGGUGUUAUUAAAUAUCCCGAGUGCCCUUUGCCAGUUUCUCCAGGUUGCGGCGGCCAUCGGUCAAGCUACCGCCAGUGGCACCGGUCAAGGCAGCCAGUCGGCGGAUAACCUGAAAGUGGUCACGCCACCGCCCGCCAUGGCCGAUGCCAACAUUGCAAACUUCUUGGCGGGUGAUCGCAACAAUACAGCUUUCAGCAGCAUCAAUUCUCAAACUCCUUUAGCGCCAGGAUUCAUUAAUUCCGCCUCCGGACCGGCUGCCGGCCCGGCAGGGAUGACCAACAGCGAUGGCUUUACGGCAUUCACAAGUGGAGGAGGAGAUAUGGGCAGCCGCCCCGGCUACGGCGGCUUAAGCGGUUACGAUUACGGAAGAGACAUUCCCAAUGCGGGAUACGGCGGAUAUCCGGGUCGCGGCGGUUAUAGUGGAUAUUGGGAACCUGGAGUGCGGCCGAUUCCUUUAGCCAUGCAAGGAUGGAGUCUUUCUAUUCCGCGACCACCGGUUGAAAUCACAACACCCACCACCACCGCUACCACGCGACCACCAACGACAGCCGCUCCCACUACGACAAUCCCGUCAACAACGACGGCCACAAGUACAACGACUACCACCACCCGCCCGCUCUCCACCACCACGACCACUUUGCCCCCGACCACUGCUUCACCAUCUACUGUUCCGACAACCCGUCCCCCUACCACCACGCCCUCACCGAUCGGCACGUCCACCACCAUGCUACCAUACUCUAUCAAUAAUCCGUCGUACAACGGCAACCGUAUGCGCCUUCCCAUGGAGGCCAAGCUGGCGACGCUACCGGAAGUGCUGGUCUUUAACGGACAAAAGGUCAUUGUGACUCCCAUGGAUGAUGAUAAAGAGUUCCAAGCGAUGCUGGACAGCAAUAGCGCGAUGAAAGGCUUUAAGGUAUCGGAUGACCUAAAGAGUUCGCAUUUACCGGAAUUGACCGUGAGCAAUCCGGAAGCAUUUGAGCAGCCGACCACGUGCGUGCCGGUUACGACGUCCAGCACAACCGGACAAUGUGUUCCCAAUUCGCUGUUACAGAUCGCCUGUUCGAAUAUGAUAGUAGCGGCUUCCAAGGAUUGUAAAAAGGAUAGUUGGUGCUGCUACAUAGAAAAUCGGUGAACUGAUGGUGACCUUUUCAUUUAGGGUGUUGUUCGAAGCUUCAUUCAGCACGGCGUUCUUAGCAAAACAAAUGUGUUUUGAAGACAA